AUGAAUUACUUAUUCUAUGGAUUCAUUGGAUAUUGGGCUUUGUCAUUAACAUUUUUUGUUUUCCCAUACAAGAAGAAGAAUGUCUUUAGGCAUUCAAAAUAUUAAAAAUAUCUUCAGAGAAAAAGCAUCCUUCAUAUUUCACAUAGAGGAGGAUGUCGUGAAAAUUUAGAAAAUACUAUGCAAGCCUUUUAACAUGCCUAUGACCUCGGUACAGAUUGUUUAGAAAUGGAUUUGUGCAUGACUAAAGACAAGAAGUAGAUUGUAGUUUUGCAUGACUCCUCAUUAUUAAGAAUGUGCGGUGUGUAAGCACAUGUCAAAGAGUAUAAUUAUGCUGACUUACCCAAAUUCCUAGAAAGAGUCAGACUAGAUUUUGCUCCUAAUGAUUACAUUUCAACUUCAACCUGUAAAACUGCUUAUCUGCCUUUGUUCGAGGAUGUUCUUAAAAAGUUCCCUGAUGUUUUACUUAAUAUCGAAAUCAAAACUCCAGAUCCAGAAGUUGUUUAAAUCGUAAAUGAUCUUAUUCUGAAGUAUUAAAGACAGGAUACAAUCAUAUGGGGGGCCAGAUUUUAAAAGUAAAAUGAAUUGCUGAAAUCAAUUAAUCCUGCAAUCCCCAGGUUUUUCACAGUUGAAGGAAUUUUGAAGGUGUACUUUCUCUAUUUGACAGGUCUUCUACCUUUCUUCGAUAUUCCAGAUGAUUCAAUGUAAGCACCUAUGUAUACGGAUGACUUUUACUAGUGGAAACUUUAAGUUGCAAAUUCGACUUCGGAGAAGAUUUAGCAAAUUCAUAAUUUCAUUUGGUUCUUGGGUUUAAUAUCAAAGCCAUUAUUCAAUCAUUUACACAAAAGAGGGAUCUUCGUAUACUAUUGGGUUUUGAAUAAUGAAAAGGAAUAUGAGAGAGCUCUUAAGACUGGCUGUCACGGUAUGAUGACGGAUUGCCCGACUGUUUUGAAGUAAUAUCUAAUCAAAAAUAAGCUCUAUGGAAAAUAGUGA